AUGAAUCAAAUUUACUUACAUUUUUUGGUUUUUAUGGUUCCGUGUUUGAGUUUGACGAUUUACAACAUUCCAGUUCAACGUGUCGUACAAUAUACGCCUACUUUGCCAGCCUUGGCAAAGAAUAUCGCUGCACUCAAUAAGAAUCAACAUGAAUGGGCAACGAGAAUUGUUGGCGGAGAAGAUAGCAGUCACAUUGUUCCGUAUCAGGUUUCGUUGCAAGUUCGUUACCAACACAAUUGCGGAGGAUCGAUUAUCACGAACAAAUGGGUGUUAACUGCAGCACAUUGUGUUGUACACUUCUAUCCUGAACGCUUAUCAGUUGUCGUUGGUACAAUAAAUCGCUCAAAAGGCGGCGUUCGUCACAUGAUCAAGAACGUAAUUGUGCACGAGGAUUACAUUGAGCUCAAACAGCACGAUAUCGCAUUGUUGGAAACUGAAACAAAGAUCAAGUUCAAUCACAAUGUUCAACCGAUACCUCUUGAUACGGGUCAUGUUGGGGGAAAUGUUGAAUGUACAUUAACGGGAUGGGGAUAUACCUUUCCCGUGAGAGGCGGAUCCUUGCCAGACCAUUUACAGGUCAUUCAAGUUCCAACAAUCACGAAUCGACAAUGUAAAAGAGUUAUGCGAGGCGUUACUCGAGGAGAAAUAUGCACGAGAAAAGGUCAUUUAGAGUCAGCUUGUGGCGGAGAUUCAGGAGGCCCGUUAGCUUGUAACGGAAAACUUACGGGAAUUGUGUCUUAUGGCACGAGAAUUUGUGGCUCAGGUGCUCCAGAUGUGUUCACAAGAGUUUCAACGCAUCUCGAUUGGAUUCAUUCGAACAUGAAAUCCGAUUCGAAUGACAAAGAUGAUGAUGAUGAUGGGUAUUAG